GUGACACCUUUCAUUUCACUCCACCUCGAAUUUGUGCUCGCCGGGAAAGCGUUGCCAGGUUGGAAAAUUUAAUGGCAGCCAUUUACUUAAAGGGUUGUAUUAAAUUAUCAGUGAUUUUACUCUUUGUUGUCGGUGGUAUUGAGGAGAAGAGUGUAUUUUAGCGCUUUGUAAUCUUUUGGGACAGAUUUUAGGAAUUACACGUGACUGAAAUUAUGGGAUAUUUGGUAAAGAGUAGCGGAACACGACCCCUACUCGCGCAGAAAAACCAUUAACUGGAACUGGCAACCAUGCAUUAGAACAUCAAGUGUCAGGUGUCUGGAGGUUUCGUCAAAAGUCCACGGAAGUUUGUACAGAGCACUUGGUGAACACCAGGAGUGGGACACAUUCCCAGACUUUUGGAAGUUCCACUCUACUGAACACAGAAAAGGAACUUGGGUCGCUGCAAAGAUGGAAAGCGCUCCGUUCAGUCGAAACUCGUGGGUGACGCAGUCUUUGCGUGUUACCGCAAAGGAGUUGUCCCUAGUCGGCGGGCGGGGAAGAGGAAACGCCAUUGCUGAGCGCUUCUCCAAAUACCAGAGAGCUGCGGAGGAGUUAAAUGCAAAUAAGACAAAAGGAGGCUUUGACGGAGCAUCCUCCUCCCAGCGCUCAAGUAACCUGAGUGCUCUGAAGAAGCGCUGGGAGCAAGCAGGGAACGGCGGUCAUCAGGACAGGACGCCAUUCAUCUCAGGGCCCAUAAACAGUCAGAGCACAAACCCUGCCCUGGCCAGAUCAACUUCUGUCGGUGAGCAGCCUCAGCCCAACCCUCAGCCCCAGGCCGAGCCCCCGCCCCCCACCCCCAAGACCACGGCGGCCUGGCAGCCUCCUCAGGAAGAUCCGCUGAGCGCACCCGCCGCCGAUCUGUUCCUCACGCCCCCGGUUGCUGAUCCGCAAGCAGAAGAACAAAAAGGGAUGGACAAAGAUGUGCCGACAAACAACGAACCGCCCGAACAACUUGAAGAACAAGUUCCGACUAGUCCUUGUGCCUCGUGUGAAAAGCCCAGAGUGCAACUAAACAACCUGAAGAAGAAGUUUGAGAAAGCGGACGACACCCCCGUAAAGAGUACCAGGCCCACUCUCCUAAGUGCUUCAUCAGAUGAUAUGACCUAUGUGUGUGACCGGGUGUUGGAAAAGUCAUCACUGAGGGAGAAGCUGGCCAAAUAUUCUGCUGCAGUGUCCAAACUAAGCAACACAAAAUCGCCUGUGACGCCAGAGGUGCUGCCCUCCAAAAUAUCAAUAGCUGUAAUUCAGAAAGUCACACCUGGACCCGAGUGCAAUGGGGAUAACAACAGUGAACUCCCCAAGCCAUCCAAGAAGUUCUUCCCUCCUGCCAAGGAGACGUGUGUCGCUUGUAACAAGACUGUGUACCCUCUGGAGCGACUGUCGGCUCUUCAGCACAUCUACCACAAGAGUUGCUUCCGCUGCUCCCAUUGCAGCACAAAGCUCAGCUUGGGUAACUUUGCCUCCCUGCACGGCAACGUGUACUGCAAGCCUCAUUUCAGCCAGCUAUUUAAAGCCAAGGGCAACUACGACGAAGGCUUCGGUCAUCGGCCUCACAAGGAGCUGUGGACGGUCCGCAAGGACGGAGAUGAUGGCGAAGAGGUGGCGAUAAGGUCUAAAGAACCAAUAGCGGCAGCAAGGAGCAGAAGCGAGUCGGGAGAGAGCAUGUUGUCCACCGGGGAGGAAUUGUCGCCGACAGUCAAAGUCACCGACCUCGCCGCCAACCUAGAAUCGAGGAUGAAAAAACCCGUUGACGGCACGGAGAAGCCGGCCGAGUCCCGUAGGUUAAGGAUCGCCUGGCCGCCUCCCGCCGGAGAGCCCCAGCGCAGCCCGACCGUGGAAGGAGCCGGAGAGGGGGCGGCCUCGGGACGAGCCUGGAGGGCAAAGUGGCCGCCGGAGGACGAUUCGACAUCUUUGUCUUCAUCGUCCCACAGCGCUGAGCUGAAGAGCCUGAGGAGGAGCUCCUCACUUCGGGAGCGCAGUCGACCUUUCACCAUGAGUGCCGCGGCCGACACCGAACGCAGUCCCGGUGCCAAGGAGCCACGGCAGCCACGCCGGCCGCUCAAGGCCUUGCAGGAAUGGAGAGCGUCCCUGGAGAAAAAAAAUGUAACUCAAGAGAGAAUGCAGGGCAAGAAAGUAGAGCUGAAGAAGCAGCACAUCGCUAGCGACAAGGCCAACAAAAGCAAAGGGGCAGAGGAGGAGGAGGGCGUGGAGAGCGAGUACCAACGAGACCAACCCGCUCAGGGAGAAAGCACGGCGGCGGAGGAGCGCUCGCUGAGCAUCUCUUCCGACGCGUCGGCAUCCCCCUCGCCGCCCGCGCACCCUAAAGAGAAGCGGGCACCGCACGACGUGGGCUUCUGGGAGGACGACAAAGACCAGAGCGACGCUGAAGAGUUGACGCCCGAGGCCAUCAUCAAGAGAAACCGUUGCUAUGACUACGACGACUGAGAAGAGCAUCUCGUCAUCGACUCGAAGAUCUUUCGUAUUAAAUUCUCAAGUGAAUGUUUUCUUUUUGGUUUUAGCUUUAUUGCUAAUUGUUUAAUAGAAUACUGGAAGAGGAGUCAGAUAUUAUUUUCUUACUGUGCUAAAGACAAUUCGAUUGACUGGAAGCAAAACGUCUCAGGUAAACAAAUGAGAACGACCAAUAUAGAGCGCUAUUCUGAAAAGCCUUUACUUUUGCCGAACACCUUAAUGGCGAAGGCGGUGUUGCCAUAAGUUGCCUUACUGUUUUCCAAAGGGAGUCGAAAUGUCACGUUGGUGUCACUUUAUUUUUAGCCUUUAGGUAUGGAUCUAUCCUACCAAGUCAAGAUGCUCAUGAAAUGUUCUGACUGCCACAAAAAAAGACGAGCCUGAUUAAUAUAUUUUUUCUGAAUUUUUUUUCUCGAUACUUGCUCUUGUGUACUAGCACAAAAACAAUGUUUUUGUAUGUAAAAGAGCGCUGAUGGUUUUCCUGUAUGAUUGUCAAAUAACUUUUACCAUGAAUUCCAUUUCAGUGGCACUGUUUUUAUGUUCAAGUAUAAUAAAAUUUUACAUUGAUGGCAAGCUUUUCUUUAUUUACACGUAUAUAUGGCGGAAAACACUCAGGUGACUUGAAGUUCUGCCUUGAGACCCCCAAUUUGGCCAAAUUUCAAAAUUGUCCUAUAUGCAUGCAUGACACAUCAUUGGAAAGCUUAAAAUCUCAAUUUUCUGGCGGAAGAAAAAUUUUCAACAGGAGAAAAAAAAAAUUAAACCCUUAACUGGAGGACCUCGAGGUUAGAACAUAAUUAAAGAAACCUUGCUUCGAUCCUGAAACUCCGUGUUACAUGUGUGAGUGUCAAGACACAGCUGUGAAUGGCCACAGCCAGACUUUUUGGGAAUAUUUAUGGGUGAGACACGGUAAAAUAACAAGGGUCGCAAUACAGAAAUUGCAAACAUCAACGAGAGGUCGAGUUUUUUUCAAAUAUUUACCCAUUUAAAGUUUUCUUUGGAUCAAAUAUUCAUCUAAAAUAUCGGCGAAAAUGCCACAGUAACAAAAA